UACCGAAACUCUCUUUCGAGAGAAUCAGAAAGAUUACGACAGACCGCGACAGACUGGACUGGACGAAGGCAGUGGACACGGCAGAAUUGGGCAGAAUAUAUCAAUAUAUACACGGUUGAUAACGGACGAGCGUUCGGCUGGUGCGGCUGGAUCAGGGCCCAGGGGUACAACGGGGCUCGGGAAACGGAAUACACCAAUACACGUCGGAGCUGCGCGGGCACAAGCGAGAGUGUCGGGUCAGUCGGGUGUCGCGCGCGCGUAUCACGUGGUAUCAUAUCACGUGGUAUCACUGGUAUCACGGAUCAUCACGGAUCAUCACGGAUCGUCACGGGUUAUUAUAGACGGUGGACGGUUGUAAAACGCACGGAGAGAAUAUGUCGCGCAGAGCGAUCAAAGCGAUCAAUUGGUCGGCGCUUGCCGAAAAAAUUCCAGAAACGGAAAAAACGGCAUUCGCCACUUUCAAAGCUAAAUCUGAUCAGCACUUGCGACGAAUGAACAUGAAUCCAGAAGCUCCUGCAAAAAUAAAUUGGGCCUAUUAUAAGAAAAACGUCCCAAUUCCUGGAUUAGUCGACAAGUUUCAAAAAGAAUACGAAUCUUUCAAAGUGCCAUAUCCAGUGGAUAAAUAUACAUCUGAAGUUGAGGCUGAGGAAAAACAAGUGCUUGUUAAAAUCGAGGAAUUUUUGAAAGAGUCGAAUCAACGCAUCCUCACUGCCAACAAGGAAAUCGAUAGAGUAAAGAGUUUGUUGCCCUUCUCCGAAAUGACUAUGGAAGAUUUCCGAGAUGCCUAUCCAGAAAUUGCUCUAAACCCUGAUAAACCGUCAAUUUGGCCGCAUAUCCCCGAGGUGCAGCCAGAGAACGAGAAAGGACGACCUGAGCACCAUUAAUAUAAUUCUAUAAUAAGUUUGUAACUCAGUUCUGUAAUUUGGAAUACAAAGCGUAGUCGCGUAAUUCUAGCGUAUGAUUCUGGAUUCGUAUGCUAAAUUGAGGAAAACAAAUUAUUAUCCUUUGCUUGUUGCUGUCAUAUGUAUUUAAAGUAAAUACAAUCAUAGGAAACAUAUUACCUCCUUUUGUUCCAUAGUCUACGCGUAUCUUGGUACAAAAGGAAUAGAAAUAUACUUAAAUACCUAUAAACAAAAGAAUACAGUCUUUAUUUGCUACGUUA